UCUGUCGCCUGAAAAAAAGUCGAGAGGUUCAGCACCGGUACUUGUAGCUUUGUUUGAGUGAAGUGUACAUGAGACAGCUUAAUGGACACAGCUCUCUAUCCAGAUGCAGAAAAUUACCCUGACAAAAGUGAUAUGGACUACGAUUCCCAAUCAAAAGAGACCACGAGAAAACUUUGACAGCGGAGAAGACCCACAUCAUAACCUGACCAUAACCGAAGACAAACAAAUGUACAGGUUCAGAUCUACCACCAACUAAAAGGUGAACCUGAUGAGGAAGUGAAAUUAGAACUGUAAAAGUAAAGGAAGCAUGGAAGAAUAUUCAAGACAUACACAGAUUGUUGCACUGCUCAUUCAAGAGGGUGCCAUAUUGAAUUGUAAUGACCUUCACUAUGGAACACCGCUGCACGCUGCUUGUUCGAUGCAGAGACCAUCCAUAAGCUGUAUUCACCAUUUGCUGAAAUCAGGUGCCACAGUGAAUGCACUCAAGAACCACAAGACCCCACUCCAUCUUAUUGCUAUGAAUAGCAAGAGUGAAGCUGCAACUGAAUUAUUAAUAGCAUAUGGAGCUAAUGUAUACCUUAAAGAUUGGUAGGUAAGGU